GCUUCAAUCAGGCGCAGAUCGCGCAUGCCCAGGCCCUCGCCACCGACGAGCUUCAAUCAGGCGCAGAUCGCGCAGGCUCAGGCCGGCAAGGACUCGGAGGUCGCCAAGCUCCGGAGCCGCAAGAUGGGGAAGGGUGUUCCAGAUGCGGAGAAGGCCGAGCUCAACUCUGUCAAAGACCACCACGCCGCCGCGGUCGCCAAGCUCCGGAGCCGCAAGAUGGGGAAGGGUGUUCCAGAUGCGGAGAAGGCCGAGCUCAACUCUGUCAAAGACCACCACGCCGCCGCGGUCGCCGACAUGCCUAGGUUUCUCAAGUUUGGACGAAUGAGCACCAUGAAGUUGGUCUUGGUGGCUAUUACCUCGUUGUUGCUUGCCAGUGAGGCGCAGCCCACAGUUCUGAAGCUGGAGCGUCCCAACGCACUGCCAGGAGGAGGAGUUGUUGAGCUCCCUGUGAACGGUACUGGAAAGUACAUGUUCCACGGGCCAUAUUUGACUCGCGUGAUGCUUGGGAAUCCAUCACAGAGCUUCGACGUUCUCAUCGACACGGGAAGUAUCCUACUGUGGAUUGGUUGUGAGACAGCGCGAAUUCCUACCCGCCUCUUUUACCCCGCAUCAUCAACAUCAGUACUCGGUUGCUCGGAUCACUCGUGCCAGGCUCUGGAGAGUGCGAGGGCUGCAAAGUGCAACACCUCCAAUAAUAGGUGCGCUUAUGAUCUCGGGUAUGGCAACGGGGAUAAUGGCACAGCUUCGAACGCCGUCGGCUAUUAUAUAUCUGAUUUAGUGCACCUGAACGGCCUUUCUACUCCUGCACGCAUUGUCUUCGGGUGUACUACUUCGUGGUCGGGGCAACUGACACGUGGCGGAUUCGACGGAAUUUUUGGCUUGUCGCCUUUUGGGAUGUCGUUUAUUUCACAGCUAUAUUCCCUUGGAAUCUCUGGCAAGGUAUUCACGCUGUGCAUGCAUAGUCCAACUGGUGGCGGAAUUCUUGCAUUCGGUGAAGCCCUCGAGCCUGGCUUGACCUACACACCCCUCUUGCCAUCGCCGCAAUAUUACCAAGUGAAUCUACAGAGCAUAGCUGUAAAUGGGCAGACACUCCCCAUUGAAAGCUCAGUGUAUGGACCCUCACCGAGUAAUUUUACCUUCGUCGAUUCGGGAACCACGCUCGCGUAUCUAGCAGAUGGAGCAUAUGAGCCGUUUAUUAGUGCAAUAAGGGCUGCAACCCCUCCGUCUGAACUUCCGUUCACCGGGGAAAAUGGCGAAAUUUGUUUUGCCACUUCCACCAGUAUUGACUCUGCUUUCCCGUCCGUGGAACUAGACUUUGUGGGUGGUGCCAAAAUGUUUCUGUAUCCACACAACUACAUGUAUUAUGUUAAGCCUUCAGUGUAUUGCAUUGGCUGGCUUAGGAACACGGGGAGACAGGUCACUUUACUUGGAGAUAUCGUGCUCGUAGACAAGAUCCUUGUCCAUGAUUUGGAGAAGAAGCGCCUGGGCUGGAUGAACUAUGAUUGUUCUCAGCCUAUCAAUGUCACUACCGCGCGUGGGAAGAAACACACUAACUCUGGGCAGUCGUUGCACAGUAUCACGACAUCUUUUACAGUUGUGCUCGUAGUCGUCAUAUACAUCACUCUGCUCACCUAGUUGUUCAAGUUCUGGUUGUUUGGUCCAAUGUAACUACCUAGUGCUAUACAUUGCAAAAUCGACCUACACUUAUUUGAUUAUGUGUGUACUUAUUAUGUGUGCAAAAUCGACCUACACUGAUUCUACAGUUGUAACUUCUGACCAAAGGAUUUACUGAGGAACCAUUAUACAGGGUA